AUUUGCACGCAGCGUUUUGCUUUCGCUUAUCGCUUCGCCCGCCUGCCAGUCGUCAGCAUUGAGCAUCAUCAAACACAGCAACCAGAAGCCGGCUAGUCACGUGCGAUCCGAACCGAAUCCACAAUCAUCCACACAUUACCAUGGCUGACGAGUACUUUUUCGAUGCCGGCGCAAACUACGUCGUAUCAACCGUAGAUGCUGAUUUUAAUUUGCGCUGUACAGCUUUGACUCUGGAGGGCGCUAAGGCCAACGAAGUCUGGGACCCGGAGGCGAAGAGUACGGACGACUACCAGGGCGGCCACAAGUUGAUCAUCAAACAAGCGCUGCUCGGCCCCGACGCCAAAGAAGGUGAAGUAAAUGUGGUGCAAGUCGAGGCGAUGACCUGGAAGGAGUCGAUCAAGAUCCCCGUGGCGGUGUUGAAGGGUGGCUCCGCCAACAACCAGGUGCAGCUGGAUCUGUCUUUCCCCGACCCACCAGUCACAUUCACACUUAUUCAAGGCAGCGGGCCUGUGCACCUCAUCGGCCACCAUUUAAUCGGCGGACCUGUGGAGGAGUUUGAUGAUAUGGAUGAGAUGGAAGAGGAGAUGAUUGAUGAUGAGGAAGGUGACAUUAAAGAGGAAGAGGAUGAGGAGGAAGAUGAAGGCCCCAAGAGCAAAAAAGCGAAGACGCAGAAUAACUCCAGCGGCAAAGGGAAAGCCGCGCCGGCGAAAAACAACAAAGCCAAGAAGUAAACACAACCUCCGCACAACAAGAUUGCCGUCGCCAUCAUCCAACACUCUCUCUCUCGAAUGUGUGAGAGAUUAACCAAACCCAGGCAACACCACACCAACGGCUUGCGCAGACGCGCAAUGACUGCAUUUUUUAAUCUUCUUACAUAGGUUUAGAUAGAUAAGUCUGUCGAAUUAGUUCACAAUCUCAUCUCGAUGCAAAGCUACGUCUGUAUUACCUAGAAAUGCGAUAGAGUUUCGCCUGUGAACAAUUGGGGACACAGGUAUCGGUUGCGUGCCACGAAGCAGGCGUACAUGCCGCGUACAUGUACUCGUAAUUUUUAUUUUUGUUGUGUUUUGUUUGUCGACUCUGGACUCCUGUAUAAGUUAAGAAAACUGAUUUUUUGAUAAGAAAAUAUGAAUGAAAAUGAACUGAUAAGCACACGA